AUGAUGCUAUCUCUGGCUACUAUAAAAGGAUGGUCUUUUGCUCACCUAGACAUCAAUAAUGCAUUCUUGUAUGGGGAUUUAGAAGAAGAAAUUUACAUUACCUUACCUCCUGGUCUGAUCAUCACAGACCCUCCACCUGGUUCUGGUCAGCUUGUUUGCAAGUUGAAGAAGUCUCUAUACGGCCUCAAACAAGCAUCCAGACAACGGUACCUGAAAUUUUCUCAUGUUUUAUCUGGUUUUGGAUUAGUUCAAUCUGUUUCUGACCAUUCCUUUUUCUACAAGCAUUCUUCAGCUGGGAACUUCUUUGGAGUUGUCAUUUAUGUAGAUGACAUUUUAGUGGCUAGCAGUGAGGAUAACUUGAUCUCUGAGUUUAAAGACUUCCUUGCUAGUCAUUUUAAGUUCAAGGAUUUGGGCAAACCUAAAUACUUUCUUGGUAUUGAGAUAGCUAGAAGUAGCACUGGAAUCUUUAUAUCUCAGCAUAAAUAUGCUUUGGAUCUUGUAACUGAUGUUGUAUUGCUUGGUUGUAAACCAGCAUCCACUCUCAUGGAUUCCAUCAAGCAGCUGCAAAUGGAUGCAGGAGAACCACUUGUUGAUCCAACAGUAUAUAGAAGACUGAUUGGAAGACUUGUAUAUCUUUGCAUCACACGCCCUGACAUCACAUUUGUUGUCAACAAGCUCAGCCAAUUCUUGUCUAAACAAUGCCCAGACCAUUCACUUGCUGCUGAAAGAGUUCUCAAGUACUUAAAAAGCACAAUAGGCCACGACCUAUUUUAUUCAGCUCAAGCAGAUCCAUCUUUAAGCAUCUUUUCUGAUUUUGAUUGGGCUGGAUGCCCAGAUACUAGAAGAUCUAUCUCUGGUUUUUGCCUAUUUCUUGGUACAUCUUUGAUUUCUUGGAGAUCAAAGAAGCAGCACACUGUAUCUAGAUCCUCAGCUGAGGCUGAAUAUAGGUCAAUGGCCCUUGCUUGCUGUGAAGUAGUAUGGAUUGUUGCUUUGCUCAAGGACUUUGGUUUGGAAGUGAAGAAGCCAGUUCCAUUGUAUUGUGAUAGUCAGGCUGCUGUCCAUAUCAGUACUAAUCCUGUGUUUCAUGAACGCACAAAACACAUUGAAAUUGAUUGCCACACCGUUCGAGACAAGAUCCUUGAAGGAGUGAUCAAGGCCAUUCAUGUUCACAACAAUCUACAACAUGCUGACAUUUUUAUUAAACCUCUAGCUACUGCUCCUUUCAACAAUCUGCUGUUCAAGAUGGACUUCAAGAGUCUAUAUAGUCCAUCUUGA